GGUAGGGUUUGGAUUUGUGUUUCAUUUGCAAAAAUAGCAACCAUGCUUCAUUCUCUAUCUUCCUCUCGGGUUCCUUUUCUCCGCCAUUUGCAGAUUGUUAACACAUUAAUUUCCAAUAGAGAAUAUGCUAAUAAGAUGCUUAUGUAUGCUGAAAAUCACAACCAGUCUAUAUCUGAAGGGCGGUCAUAUGCAGAAAUAUUGUUUGGCCAAAUAGAUGAGCAUUCACAACACUAUAAGGAAUCUUUAUUGAGGGGAUCUUCAUUACAUAAAAUGAUCAGAUUGAUCACGUUAACAAUUGGUGGUCGUGCCUAUUUGAACUUCAUGGGCAAUGAAUUUGGGCAUCCAAAGAGAGUUGAGUUUCCAUCAUCAAGCAACAACUUCUCAUAUUCACUUGCUAAUUGUCAGUGGGUUCUUUUGGCAAAAGAUGGAAUUUGCCGUGAUUUGUUUUCCUUUUUGAUAAGGAUAUGAUGAAGCUGGAUGAAAAUGAGCGAGUGCUCUCACGAGGUUUACCAAACUUACACUAUGUGAAGGACAGUUCAAUGGUCAUAUCUUAUAUCAGAGGCCCCCUUCUCUUUAUUUUCAAUUUUCAACCAUCUGAUUCUUAUGAUAGUUACAGUGUAGGUGUAGAAGAAGCUGGGGAGUAUCAAGUUGUUCUGAACACAGAUGAAAUAAAAUAUGGAGGUCAGGGGAGGCUUAAAGAAGAACUGUAUUUUCAAAGAACUGUCAGCAGAAGAGUUGAUGGCCAUCAAAACUGCGUAGAGGUGUCACUCCCUAGCAGAACUGCUCAGGGGAAGGAGUAGGGGUGGCUCUUUCUUCAUUUUAAAAAGUGCUAUAGUAUAUGAAGUUGAUUACUGCGGAUACGUGGAGCUUAAACGCCCAAUUUUCAAGAAAGAUCAGGCAUUUACUGCAGGAGAAUUUGAAGUACUUACUCAUAUUGGUCAAUCUGGUCUAAGCUAAUUUCAUCCCAAAUUCUUUGAGCAAUGACACCAGUUAAACUUCAUAAUGACCAUCUUUACGCUGGAUUCUCAGUUAUUUCUCUCUGGCCAUUUUAUAUUGGAGUCCUCCACAGUCAAAACUACUUUUCUAUUAUGUAUC